CCAGAACACGAACCGCGGGUAAACUACUACAUCGAUGGUGUCAACGAGAAUAUGUUUUACGGCAUCUUGCAGACGGAGAUGCGUGGGCUGCGCAAUGCAUUCAAGCUGAUUUUGGACGACUGCAACUCGCCAUUCACGUUCGCUAGUGUCAACCAA